AUCUGGUAGUGUACUGUAACUAUAUUUAUGUAAUUACACCCCACCUGAUCUCUUCCAGUUUUCAUCAAUCAGUUUCUUCCUCCUUCUAAGUUAGAGAGAGAAAGUGCAGGUAGCCCAAGUUGAGACUGACAACAGAGCCUCAAUCCUUUUCUUUCCACUGUCUCAGCUGGAUUUCUAAACCUAUCAAAAAACUAAUAAUCAUAAAAAAAUUAAAACAAGAAGAGAUUAUAUUAUGUACUACCAAGGAAUUGAAGGUGAGACACUUUAUCUAAUGAACCCUAAUUACAUAGACUCCCAACCCCAAUCCAACAUGCUCUUCUCCAAUCCCCACCAAGAGAUCUCCUCCCACCUCUACAGCAUAUUGGGCGGUGGGAACAAUAAUAUUAAUCCUCGAGGCCUCUCCCUCAGCGAUCAUGAUUUUCCGGCGGCUGUGAAUGAUUCUUCCGACACUAUUAUGAUCACGGGCUCCAAAUACCUAAUGGCCGCUCAGGAGCUUCUAGAUGAAGUGGUCAGCGUCUGCGAAAACAAUAAGGCCAAAACAAUAAAAGAACCGGCCACCGUCACAAAUAAGGAAGCUACGUCUGCUAACAAAGGCGGUGCCGAUCUCACUACAGCUCAGAGACAGGAGAUUCAGAUGAAGAAAGCUAAACUACAUAACAUGUUGGAUGAGGUGGAGCAAAGGUGCAGACAGUAUCACCAGCAAAUGCAGAUGAUAGUAGAUGCAUUCGAGCAGGCCGCGGGGAUGGGAUCAGCGCGUUCCUACACGCAGGUGGCCAUGAACACAAUCUUGAAGCAAUUCCGGUGCCUCAAAUCCACGAUUUCUUCACAGAUGAAGGCUUUGAAUAAGAGCUUGGGCGAGGUCCAAGGUUCGGAGGUGUCGAGGCUGAGGUUUGUGGCGGGGAUGGGGCGGAACAAUGCGUGGAGACAGCAAAGAGGACUGCCUGAGAAAGCUGUCUCGGUGCUUCGUGCUUGGCUCUUUCAACACUUUCUUCAUCCGUAUCCUAAGGACUCGGAUAAGCAAAUGCUUGCUAAGCAAACAGGGCUUACCAGGAGUCAGGUGUCAAAUUGGUUCAUAAACGCUCGAGUUCGACUAUGGAAGCCCAUGGUUGAGGAGAUGUACCUCCAAGAAACCAACAACCAAUCCUCCUCCACCAUUGCCGCCACGCCCAAGAUCAUAUCACCACCCUCGCCCCACGAGAAACUGCCAAACAGUCUCUCUACUGCUGCUGAAAACAUCAACGCGCUGUUCGAACAGGGGAGCAGUUUCUCUCUCUCUCUAGGGCUCCUGCCCUCUCAACGGAGCUCCCAUUUUGGGACAGAGAUGAUGGAUUGGAAGCCGUUUCCGCUGUCGGAUUUCGUCACCUCAACACCUCUCGAUUAACUAGUUAUACACUCCAUAUAAAUCUUUAAUUAAUUGUGCAACAUUAAUGUACAUAUGUAUAAAUUAAAAGAGUUGUUUGUUGAGUUAUUUACAAAGAUGA